AUGCCGCUUAAUGCCAAGACGGUUGUUGUUGUUGUUGUGGUACAGGCGUAUCUCCCCAUCCUUUAUUUAAUUGAUCUUCCAGAUUUCGAUUUGAUACAGACUAGAUCUGCAACCACAUCUUCAUCUUUAGCACCAAGAUUCGUGCCUGGAUCAAGACCGGUUGCACUUCCAACACGAAUGAAACCAGCAUCACCAUCAUUUUAUACUGCCAAACCAACGCUUAUAGAUUCGAUGAUCUUAUUGGAAGAUCUAACUCGAAGGACAAAACGUGUAUUGGAACAAAAUGCAGUUCCGAUUAACCUACAGGCAACAGCACAAGGUGUAAAUGCUGCUCGUCGUUCGUUAGCAUGGCCAAAGAUUGAAGAAUUAAGUGAAAAGCUUUCGAUUCCAUUUAAAUCCGGUCAAUAUCGUCAUAUAAUCGCAAGACUUUCUGCUUUAGCACGUUAUAGAUAUUUUGUGCAAGAAUAUUUGGCGAACGGAAGAUGUGGUGAACAACACAAAGUACUGGCACAAGAAGUUGAAAAUACACUACAGAACUUCAAUCGAAUGCAAGGAAAUACCGGUAACCUCAACCAAUUACCACAUCAUGCAAGCUUUUUGUCAUCAAGUUCAGGUGUAGAUGAUUUGGGAAGAGCAUAUGCUCGUGGAAGAAGAAAAGAAAGUGCAGCAAGAGUUUGGAUCGUGCCUAGUCAAAGUGCAGGUGAUGAAAGUGAAGCUUCGGUCGGAUCGACGAUGUCUACGUCUGUUUUGAUUAAUGCACAGCCAAUUUCGGAGUAUUUCACUCGAGCAUCUGAUCGGGAAGCAAUCCUAUUUCCACUUCGAUUGUUAGGAAUGGCAGGUGCAUUUAACGUUUUUGCACUCGUUCGAGGUGGUGGUACGACUGGACAAACGGGAGCAGUUGCACAUGGAUUAGCAAGAAGUUUAGUUUCAUUCUUUGAUGAAAAAGCCAGAAAGGUAGAAGACAAAGAUGGUAUAAGCAGUCCAACAGCUCAACCAUUAAGAGAACAAGCUUCGAAUUUCCGUGCACUUCUUUCACGAACAGGGGUUUUGCAUCGUGAUUCCCGUAUGGUAGAACGUAAGAAGACCGGUAAAGCCAAAUCACGCAAAGCAUACACUUGGGUCAAGAGAUGAGUGUGGAUGUUUGGUUGGAUCUUUGUACUUCCUUUUAACUUUCAGUCCAAUGUAUGUUUCAAUGUAUGCUUUUAUAUACUAUAUCAGUCCGAUACAAAUACAGCGAUUAGUAGAGAGAAG